CGCGACUGGGACCAACCGUGCCGGAGCUUUGGCGUAGCACGAGACCGUCGCCUUCCCGCGUCGCUGAGUGCCACUUCAAGCAUCACCCAAGCUCAUUCCCUCAACAGCCCCACACACCGCGAGGCUCAGGCUUUCUCUACAUCCACCAUGGCCAGCAGCACCCUGGUCUAGGGCGCCGGCUAGGGCUGCUGCGGACGCCGACGGCUAUGGCGACGGGAACGUUGGCCGGUGUGCCGACCAGCCAGGAUCGCGGCGCCGCCCCCACCGCGGAUCGGCUGUGGUUGUUUGACUUUGACUACACCAUCGUGGACGACAACAGCGACACGUGGAUCCACCGCUGCGCUCCCGGUGGCCAACUGCCGUCUGCCGUACGUGACUCGUACGUGGCGCCCGACUGGAUCGGUUACAUGAACCGUGUGCUGAGUCACCUGGCGGGCGCGACUGAACGUACGAACGGCGGCGGUACGGGCGGCGGCGUGGCGGCUGCUAAGGAUAAGCAGGGUGACGCGGCGGCGGCGGCGUGUGUAUCGCCAGACGCAAUCAGGGCGGAGCUCGAGGGCAUUCCUUGGACCCACGGCAUGAGGAGGCUGCUGGAAGCCAUCCGUGACAGCGGCAGGAGCACCAGCAACAGCAGUAGCAGUAGCAGCAGCGGCGCCGCCGCUAGCCAGGCCAAGGCUGCUACAGCCAAUGGAACCGCUGCUGCUACAGCCGGUGGCCUGGCGGGGGUGAACCACGCCGCCAUCCUGUCUGACGCAAACAGCCUCUUCAUUCCCUGGAUCCUGGAUGGCGGCGGCGGCGGCGGUAGCGGCAGUAGCAGUCAUGGUGACCAGAGCGACGACCUGCAGGCUGCAAACGGCGCUGCUGCUGCUGCUGCUGCCGACGUGGCGGCAGUAGCAGCGGGGGCUGCCGCGGCAGCUCCGCCACAAGGCCAGGGGGCCGGGCGGCUGCCGCCACUGUCGCCCAUGUUUACCGACAUCAUCACCAACCCAGCAGCAGUGGAGGCGGGGGCGGGGGACGCGGCCGGCAACGGCAGCAGCAGCAGCGGCCAGGCAGCAGCAGCAGUUGUAGCAGCGGCAACAGCAGCAGGGGGUGGCGGGGUGAUCCGCGUGUACCCACACCAUGGCAGCGCCCCGCAGUGCGCCGCGCCGCCGCACGCCUGCCGCCGCUGCCACGCCAACCUGUGCAAGCGGGAGGCGAUGCGGCAGCUGCUGCAGCGCCGGGCGGCGGCGGGUUUCACUUACCGCCAGGUGGUGUAUGUUGGCGACGGCCGCAACGACCUGUGCCCCUGCCUGGCGCUGGGCCCGCAUGACGUGGCCAUGCCCCGAGUGGGCUUCGCGCUGCAGAAGCUGCUGGCAGCUGCCGCAGCCACUACUGCUACUGCUACUGCUGCGCCUGCCACUGCGCCGGCAAGAUCAGCUGCGCCGCCGGCUACUGCCACAGGCCCCGGCGGCGGUAAUGAUGACUUCAUCUACGCCGCGGCACCUGCUGCAGCCCCCCUGGCGACGGCGGCGCCGCCGCCGCCAGCGAAGGCGGCGGCGGGGCCGGACCCGGAGCCACUGCUGGCGGCGGUGGUGCCGUGGCGGGACGCAUUCGAGAUUCUGGCGUGGGCCGUGGCGGAUGACCGAAAGGCGGCGGAGGCGGCGGCAGCGAGGGCGGCGGAGGCAGUGGGCCUGGCUGAGAGCGCCGCCGGACUGAAGCUGUGAAGAAAUGAAGCGUUGCGAUUCAUUAUUUUGCCGUGACCAGGGGAGGGAGGCGCCGCGUUUGAUUAUAAAGGCAGACAGACGGCGUGCACAUGUGCCUUAGUAACUGAGCCCGGUGGCGGGCCGUGGGGGUACACUGUCCGUUGCGCACGGGGCUUGCGGAUGCGAUGUAGGCUGUGAGCGUCUUGGGUGAAGGUUUCCGUGUUGGUGCUUUGGUGCUGGUACGCGGGACCGUUGGUGUAUGUACGACGCUGGAUACCUCCGUGCGGGUGAACACAUGAAGUCAUGAACACGAAACACCUAGUUGCCCUGGCGUCCCGGGCUCGCUCAGAGAGUCAGGGAGCUGGCUGGGUUUAUCUGGUAGGACUGCGUGGAGGCUCGGCCGCUCGAAGCGAGGCGCUUAAGGGAGCCCAGACAGCUGUGUUCCUGCCCCCAUCGGUCA